AUGGCGCCUGCGACCAGAACCGAGUCGAUGAAGCACAUUACACUGCACAACUUCCUGAAGCAGCAGCACCUUCUGCAGCAGCGUCUCAAGCCCACCGCCGUGCUCUGGAGCUGGCCGGUGCCGCGCCCGACGCCCGAGGAUGUGGCGGACGAUGCCGACGGUGCGUCGUGGCCGCCGCGCUCGUACACGUGUGCCUUCUGCCACCGUGAGUUCAGGUCCGCACAGGCGCUGGGCGGCCACAUGAACGUGCACCGCCGCGACCGCGCCAAGCUGCGCGGCCAGUACGGCGCCACGGCGCCCGCCGCCGAGGCCUCCGCGCCAGCCCCCCUGGCAACGACAGAGUACGCCGUGUUGUACCCAGUGUUGAACUCCAAUGCCGCCGGCGCUCGGGCGGUGUUCAUUCCCAGCGGCAACGUUCUGCUCUCGACGCCGGACGUCGCACUGGACGGCUCCGCCGCCCAUGGCCAGCAGUGCCACAUUGGCUGUGACGACGAGAACGAGAAGGACAUUGACCUUGAGCUCCGCCUCGGAUGGCCUUGA